AUGAAAUUCUCUAACAUCAUUGCAAUUCUUUCUGCAUCAAUUGCUUCCGUUGCCGCCUACCAAACUACUGGUAAAGAAACUGUUGACAUUUUAGUCGACUACCAUAUCAAAGAAACUCCAGAAGUUACAAAGAAUGACGUGGCCAGUUGGACAAAUGGUGAAGAAAUUACCCUUCAAUACACCAUAAACAAUAACGAAGAGUCAGAUGUCACUGUCAUUGGUGUCACUGGUCAAUUUUUAAACCCAGUCACUAGACAAGCAGUCACCAAUUUAACUCAAGGAAGAAUUGGACCAGUUGCUGUUGCUCCUGGUGAAUCAGCCCAAUUUGAACAAACAAUCAAUGUCAACUUGGUUCCAAAUAACUAUGAAUUAGUUCCACAAAUCUUUAUUGUCCAAGGUGAACUCGUUAAAGUUAUUCCAUGUCGUGGUCAAUUAGCUUCAGUUCUCGACAAGGCUAUUUCCUUCUUUGAUCCAAGAUUGAUCUUUUUGGAAAUUGUUUUGUUGGCAUCUUUUGGUGGAUUGAUUUAUUUAGCUUAUCAAAUUUGGGGAAAGAAUUACAUCAAAGGAACUGCACCCGUCAAGGUCAAAAAGAGCGCUAAAUCACCUUCUCCUGUUGUUUCUUCUUCAGCUGGUUCUUCAACUGGUGCUGGGUAUGACGUUAAUUGGAUCCCAGAAGGUCAUUUGAAACAAAAGAGAACUAAGAAAGUAGCAUAA